GGCCCCUAGCAUUCUAAUCAGUAUUUAGUGUCUCGAGCUCGCGGGCCGGCUGCUUUGGUGCUGUCCUGGCCUCUCCUUCCGACGCUGUUUCCGCACGCCUGAGUGUGCGCCGCCGGCCCUGGGCUCCAGUUUCCGCUUUUUGAUGAGUUCCAGAAUGAAGCAGACAAAAGAAGGGUCCAAAGGAACUAUAACGGAUUAUUUCUUGGACAACACAGAUGGCAGCCUUAUACCAAGACGAACACUCAAGAUGAUUCAGCCUUCUGCAUCUGGUUCUCUAGUUGGAAGAAUAAAUGAGGCUGUAUCCAAAAGGAAUCUUUUGAAUGACCAACUAACCUCCAAAUCUUCUAACACUGAUGCUGUUAUAAACCCUGAGCAUAGUGAAAAUGAAAACCUUGAAGGAGUCUCUCAAGAAGCUUUUGAUCUCAUGAUUAAAGAAAACCCUUCUUCUCAGUAUUGGAAAGAAGUGGCAGAAAAACGGAGGAAGGCUCUUUAUGAAGUACUACAAGAAAAUGAGAAACUACAUAAAGAAAUUGAACAGAAGGACAAUGAAAUUGCCCGCCUAAAAGAAGAAAAUAAGGAACUGGCUGAACUAGCAGAACAUGUGCAAUAUAUGGCAGAUAUGAUAGAAAGGUUAACUGGACAGUCUCUAGAAAACUUUGAACCACUAAACAAUCCAACAUUUGAGGAUUCUGAUUCUGGAGGUGAAGAAGUAGGCAGAGAUUCUGAAGAACAUCCCCAGAUUGACACUGAUGAAAGAAAUGCUUCUUUAUCUUCAGAUGGAUGACCACAUAUAUAAAUAUUUUAUGUUCAACUUGGGAAAUAACACUGCCAAAGUUUACCUCCACUUCAGUUACAUCUUUUGGUUACUUUUCUAAAUUAGUGAAUGCCUUGAACAUUUGGCUCUUUUUAAAAUUGAUACUUAGUGGAAGAGAAUUAACUGUAUUCUGCAAACUGUUAUAGUUUGCUUUUGGACACUUGUAUUAAAAUACAAAUACUGUGUAUUUUUAAUCUUGUGAUAAUUUAUGUAAAUAGCAUCUUUUCAAUUGAGUCUGGAAUGACUUACAUAUACUUGAUAAAUAAACUUCAA